CAGUGCAGCCGCCCGCCUGUCACUGGGAGACAGUCCACUUAAAUGCAGCUCCAGAGCUGCGGGACACCCACCAGCAUCAGUCCCCGUGUGAGGUGGCAAAUGCAACAUGCUCUCCAGCUUGGGGUGUCUACUUCUCUGUGGAAGUAUUGCGCUAGCCCUGGGAAAUGCACAGAAAUUGCCAAAAGGUAAAAGGCCAAACCUGAAAGUCCACAUCAAUACCACAAGUGACUCUAUCCUCUUGAAGUUCCUGCGUCCAAAUCCUCAUGUAAAACUGGAAGGUUUUCUCCUGGGAUAUGGCAGCAAUUUAUCACCAAACCAGUACUUCCCUCUUCCCUCGGAAGGGAAAUACACCGAGGCUGAAGUUGAUGCGGAGCCGAAAUAUCUGAUUGUGGUGCGGCCUGCCCCUGUGCCAAGUCAAAAGAAGUCAUGCUCAGGCAAAAGACGGUCUCGCAAACCUCUCCAGCUGGUGGUUGGCACUCUGACACCAAGCUCUGUGUUCCUGUCCUGGGGUUUCCUUAUUAACCCACACCAUGACUGGACAUUGCCGAGUAACUGUCCCAAUGACAGGUUUUAUACUAUUCGCUACAGAGAAAAGGAUAAGGAAAAGAAAUGGAUUUUUCAACUCUGUCCAGCCACUGAAACAAUUGUAGAAAAUCUAAAGCCUGACACAGUUUAUGAAUUUGGAGUGAAAGACAAUGUAGAAGGUGGAAUCUGGAGUAAAAUUUUCAAUCACAAGACUAUUAUUGGAAGUAUAAACAAAGUAAAUGGGAAAAUUCAAAGUACCUAUGAUCAAGCGAACACAGUGCCUGCACAUGUCCCAAGGAAGCUGAUCCCAAUAACAAUCAUCAAGCAAGUGAUUCAGAAUGUCACUCACAGGGCUUCCACAAAAUCCCCAGAUAAGACCCCCAUUGGAGGAACAAUACUGGUCCACCUUGUUAUUCCUGGCCUUAAUGAAACAACUGUAAAACUUCCUACGUCCAUAAUGUUUGAUAUUUCAGAUGCAAUCAAGACACAAUUAGCUAAGAAUGAAACCUUGGCAUUACCAGCUGAAUCUAAAACACCAAAGGUAGAAGAAAUCCCAGCACAGCCCAUAACAGCGUCUCCUGAAUCACUUCCAAGGACCACUAAACCCACUGUAUCUAGUGCCUUAGACAUGUCAGAAACAACACUGGCUCCGAAAAGACUUCCAGAAUUUCCUCAGGCAAAAAUACCCUUCCUUUCUGAGAAACCUGGGGGCAGCUGGGCUUCAAGUGAAAAGCCAUGGACUGUACCUAUCACUAAAACAUCUGAAGACUCCAAAGUUCUACCACCUCAAACUGCAACUUAUGAUGUUUUCUCAAGCCCUACAACAUCGAUCGAGCCUGAAAUAUCAGAGUCCCACGCAGCAACAAGUGAUCCAUUUCUGGAUUCUGUCCCACCUAAAACUUCUAGAACUCUUGAACAGCCAAGGGCAACACUGGCUCCAAGUGAAAUACCAUUUGGUCCUCAAAAGGUGGAAGUCAUUCCCCAUCCUGAAAUGCAACCUACAACACCUGCUCCCCUGCAAACCACAUCCGUUUCUUCUACACCUAAACAACGCCUCAGGCCCAAACCACCAAGAAUCAAACCUGAAAGAACCAAAAGGCCUGGAACCACAACAUCUAAAAUUUCUAAAGGCCCUGAACCAACAUGGACAACACUGGCUCCCAGUAAAACACAGUUUAUUUCUUUGAUACCUAAAUCCCCUGUCAGCCCAGAAGUGACACACAUCAAACCUGCCCCGGAACCUCAGGCUCCAACACCAUCGCAGUCAACAAUAGUCGCUGAACCUGGAACGCUGGGAACCAAACCUACAACAACAACAUUAGCUUCACGAAAGACUAAACGACCAGGUCGUCGACCCCGCCCUAAAACCACUCCUAGUCCUGAUGUGCCCAAGUCCAAACCUGCUCUGGAACCUGCUACAGUACAACCGGAGCUCUUGGUGCCCACAAUCGAUUCAAAACCACCAAAGCAAUUACUUCCUAAGCCCCAAACCACAAAACCAGAUGUGCCUUCAAUUAAACCUGCCUUUAAGCCCGUUACCGUUGAGACUGACACUCCCGCCGUAACCGUAGUUCCUGCCACAGACAUUGAAGCUGUAACUAUGAGAACUGAGACUCCCUGGACAACAAUAGCUCCAAAAACGUCACAACAACCAAGAACACGUCGUCCACGUCCCAAAAUUCCAAAACCUUCGAAACAUAAAACCACACCGAGCCCAGAGGCACCGAAGACUGUACUAGAAAUUGAACCUAUUACUCCUGGGACAUCUUUAGCUCCAACAACAACAACAAAAAGACCCCGUCGUCCACGUCUCAAACCUAAAACCACGCCCCAUCCGGAAGUACCUCAGGCUACACUGGCUCCUGCCACAGUCUUUGAACCAGUUAUUCUCACAACCGAGGCUCCAGGGAUGACGCUAGCUCCUGUUACAGUCCUUGAACCAGUUACACCUACAAAAGAGGCUCCAGCAACAGCAUUUGUUCCUGUUACAGACCUUGAACCUAUUACUUUUACAACUGAGACCUCUGGGACAACAUUAGCUACCAAAGCAUCAAAAAGGCCCCAUCGUCCACGUCCCAGACCUAAAACCACACCGAGCCCUCAAGUACCUCAGACCAAACCGGUUCCUGCUACCGCCCUUGAACCCGUCACUCUAAGACCACAGGCUCCAAGAACAACAUUAGCUUCCAAACCAUCACAACGCACAGGUCGCCCAUGUCCCAGACCAAAAACCACACCACCUCCUGAAACACCUGAGUCCCAACCAGUUUCUACUGCAGCCUUUGAACCCAUUCCAUUCAGGACUGAGCCUUGGGUAACAACACAAGCUCCCAAACCACCAAAACGGACCCGUCGUCCACGUCUCAAACCCAAAACCAUAACAACUACUGAGGCACCUCAAACCAAACUGGUUCCUAUUACAGAUCUUGAGCCUGGUACUCCUAGAACUGAAGUUCCAGAAAUCGUAGUUCUACCUACAGUCCUUGAACCCGUCGCUCUUAGAACCAAGGCUCCAGAAACAACAUUAGUUCCUACUACAGGCUUUGAACUUGUUAUCCACAGUUCUGAGGCCCCAGAAACAUCAGUUUCUGAAGUCCAAGAAUCUGUUACAUUUAACACUGGGUCGUCAGAGGAAGCUAUAGCAUCCACGGAAACAGAUUAUGUAUAUCCCACUGCCAAAGCACCACUCAGGCCAGAGGAGCCAAACACCGAAGUUGUGGAAUCUAUUACAAAUGUGUCUGAACCACCUGAGACCACAUUAGCUCCCAAGCAAAUACCGCUCAUUCCUCCCAAGCCAAAAACAUCUCCACGUCCAAGAGUCCCACAAACACAGCAAGUGGCUAAGGUGCUCCAGCGUGUUACUUCAAAGCCAAAAAUGUCACCAAAGCCGGAAGUGUCAUAUACUCCACCUGUUCCAGAGGUGCCCCUUCCCCGUAAACCAGACCACCAAGUCUCUCAGAGCGAACCUGUUCUGCAGCCCGUCACCUUUAGAAUCGAUCUCCCAGCGGCAACAAUAGCUCCUCUAGAGACUCGAGGCAGCCCUUUCAUUCCUAUGAUUUCACCAAGUCCUAGUCAAGAGGAGCUACAAAGCACUCUGGAAGUAGACCAAUCCACCCAAGAACACUUCACAGCUAAGAUUCCACGAACAACUGAAUUGGCAAAGACAACUCAGGCACCACACAGAUGGCACACUGCUCCUGUGAGGCCCAGAGUACCAGACAGACCGCACUCCAGACCUGCUCUGAAUAAGACAACUACAAGACCCAGCAGGCCCAGACCCAGCGGGCUGCCUGCAGGGGAUGGGAUGGGAACAGGGGUCAAGGAAGUACCAUUGAGUGCUGAUAGAAAUAUGUCCAUGAACUUCACCCACUUCACAAAGAAACCAGCUACUAUUCCAGGCACCCGCCGCCCGCCCUGGGCACUUAGGCCCACACCCCCACGACGAAAACCUUUACCGCCAAACAACGUCACUGGGAAGCCGGGAAGUGCAGGAAUCAUUUCAUCAGGUUUAGGAACGUCCCCACCCUCGAAGACAGCCCUCAGGCCUACAGGGACCCCCUCAGAGGGAACAGAGAUAGAUAAAAAGCAACCGACAGCUCCCGCCUCAGGAGAAGAUCUUGGUAAUCUAAGUGACUUUAGCUCAAGUCCAACAAGAGAAACUGAUCCUCUUGGGAAGCCCAGAUUCAAAGGUCCUCAUGUGCGAUACAUCCCAAAGCCUGACAACAGGCCCUGCUCCAUCACUGACUCCAUCAAACGGUUCCCCAAAGAGGAGGCCAUGGAGGGAAAUGCCACCAGCCCGCCACAGAACCCUCCUUCCAACCUCACUGUGGUCACCGUGGAAGGGUGCCCCUCUUUUGUCAUCUUGGACUGGGACAAGCCACUAAAUGACACUGUCACUGAAUAUGAAGUUAUAUCCAGAGAGAAUGGGUCAUUCAGUGGGAAGAACAAGUCCAUUCAAGUUACAAAUCAAACCUUCUCCACAGUAGAAAAUCUAAAACCAGACACAAGCUAUGAAUUCCAGGUGAAACCUAAAAACCCACUUGGAGAAGGCCCGGCCAGCAACACAGUGGCAUUCAGUACUGAAUCAGCGGAUCCAAGAGUGAGCGAGCCGGUUUCUGGAGGAAGAGAUGCCAUCUGGACAGAAAGGCCCUUUAAUUCAGACUCUUACUCAGAAUGUAAGGGCAAACAAUAUGUCAAAAGGACGUGGUAUAAGAAGUUUGUAGGGGUGCAGUUGUGCAACUCUCUCAGAUACAAGAUUUACCUGAGCGAUUCCCUCACAGGACAAUUUUAUAACAUAGGUGAUCAGAGAGGCCAUGGAGAAGAUCACUGCCAAUUUGUGGACUCGUUUUUAGAUGGGCGCACAGGACAGCAACUGUCUUCUGACCAGUUACCCAGAAAAGAAGGCUAUUUCAGAGCAGUUCGCCAGGAACCUGUCCAAUUUGGAGAAAUUGGUGGUCACACCCGAAUCAAUUAUGUCCAGUGGUACGAAUGUGGGACCACAAUUCCUGGGAAAUGGUAGAUGCUAUGAUCACGGUCACAAGUGCCUUCUGUGUCAUCAUGGCAAAAUACAACUGCAAACACUACGGUAUUUGUCACAUUCAUUUAAAGCUGUUCUGUUUACUAUGUAUAAAAGUUUAAAAUCUAAUUGAUAGCAAUAUCAGAUGUUUAUAGGAAGAUUGCUGAGAAUAUUUAUCAAGUUUUACAAAGUCGUUUUUAGAAGACAAGGUAUUAACAUUUUGGGGGGAAGCUGGCUCCCUAUUCAUGGUAUUUUAAGAGAUUAUUUGUAUAUUAUUUAUCACACUGUUGUAAUGUUUUGAAAUACUUUUAUAACAAAAUUAACAUCAAAAACUAAUAUACAUUUAAAAAAAUAUUUACUGUUACUAAUGCAUAUUCUUCCUAUUGGUGAACUAAUUCCAUGAAUCUCUACCUGGUUUAACUUAUUAGAUCAAAUUAUCUUCAGUACAGCCCUAAGGGGAAAAAGACCCAAUAUUCACACAUUUAUUUAAACUUCAAUUUUUCAGCAACAGUUGAAUAACUUUUCUGAAGCAUUUAAAUAAACAUUGAUGUGAAUAUACAAUUCCUUAAAUAUAUGCAAAUUAUUUAAAAGGUUGCAGCUGAAUUAGUAAAUUUCAUGAGCUAAAAACAAUAUCGAGAAUGAUAUAUUUCAACAAUACAUUUUUUCUACUCUACUCAUAAUUAUUAGUGUUUGAAUAUACUCUGUCAAACUAAGCCUUCAAGCAACUGUCUUCAUAUUGUUUUUAAUAGAAUUCUAAAUAAGCUGUAAGCAGAAACUGAAUGUGUCAGAAAGAUAACACGUGAUGAGAUUGCUUACCAUUUUAUGGGAUAUUUACUACAUUUUGACACAUAAGACUUCUGGGAAUGACUGUAUCAAAGGAUGUUUUCAUAUUCUAACUCCCCUGUACAGAAAAUCAUUUACCUUUAUUCAAAAAGGUAUUUCUUCAUUUAGGGAGGGAGGUGGGGAUGCUGCACUGCUGCCCUCGUUCUGAGAGGACCCCAUACUUACUCCGUUCAACAUGCUUCAGUUUUACCAGUGCUACAUUUUGUUACAAGUUUCAAACAAGUAGAAACUCUGCAAUAAAGAAAUGUUGUCUUUUUUAA